AUGGGAACAAAAAAUUUUACAGUUUGUAUGGAAACACAAAAUAUCCCAAAUAGCCAAAGCAAUCUUGAGAAAGAAAAACAGAGGAAUCAGGCUCCCUGGCCAGACUACUACAAAGCUACAGGAAUCAAGACAGUACUGUAUUGGCAUACCAUAUGGUACUGUAUUUGUACCAUACAGUACAAAUACCAUACAGAUCAGUAUGAAAUACAGGUCAAUGGUACAGGACAGAUAAACCCAUGUAUCAUGGUCAUCUCAUCCAUGACAAAGGAGGAAAGAACAUACAACAGAGAAAAGACCAUCUUUUCCAUAAGUGGUACUGGGAAAGCUGGACAGCUAUAUGUAAAACAAAAUAGAACACUACCUAACACCAUACACAAAAAUAAAGUCAAAAUGGAUUGA